CAAUCGAGCUGAUUUGAAUUUGAUUCCACCCUCGUCAUGGCUGUAGAAUCUGAAACGGCGUCAUCUAGCUCACAACCAAUGUCCUCCGUUAACACUGCAAAAGCACCCCAGCUUCCUGGAUACUUUGGUGUUCCAGAUUUUCAAAAUGGUGAUUUCCAGAUGUUUCCGGUUAUGUAUCCUGCAAUUAUCCCGGGUUUAACUUCAUUACAAAAUCAGGAACAGAUGAACCGUGGAGCAGGCGUUUAUGCUGUUCCUGUUCAACCAUUUAUGGGGCAUAUUGCUGGAAUUCCAUCUAACAAUCUCAUUCCCCUCACCUAUAAUAUACCCACACGGUCGGAGGCAGGAGCCACAGUUGAGGAGCAAGAGCAAGGAGCACAACAACCGCAACAUCAACAGAUGGGACCUCAAAGACAAGUUGUUGUAAGAAGAUUCCAAAUUGUAUUUCAGCUAGAUUUGUUGCUUAUACUUAAGCUAGCAGCUGUAAUAUUUUUGUUCAACCAAGAUGGAUCAAGACAGAGGCUGGCUGUCCUUGUGUUCUUUGCUUCACUUGUCUAUUUGUAUCAAACUGGAGCCCUCACGCCAUUGAUAAGAUGGCUUUCCCAAGGCAUGCAGAGGGCGGCCGCACCUCCUCAUCCACGUGCGCCUGCUGCCAGAGCAGAGAAUGUUCCUGCUGCUGGAAGGCAGGGCAAUGAAAAUGCGGCUUUGGCUGGAGCGGAGAAUGAGAACCGACCAGCAGAUGAUGGCAACCAGGCAGUUGAGAAUGAGAAUGAAGCCGACCCCGGUUUAGGAAAUGCUCGUAAUCAAUGGUGGGGGAUCAUAAAGGAAAUCCAGAUGAUUGUUUUCGGCUUCAUCACGUCUCUCCUCCCAGGCUUCCACAACAUAGAGUAGGUCAUACUUCAGAGAUCUGACAAUCUUAUCCUUGCUAAUUAAUCAUAAGAGUAAGAGGAAAAGUUGAAACCGAUGUUUAUAUAGGUGCAGUCGUUGUACGGUGCUUGGUAGCCCCACUGCAUCUGCAACAGGCAUUUCUGUUUUAUUUACGAACCAGCACGCUUUAUGUAGUUGUUUGGUUGUUGAAAUGGCAAGCAAAUGAGAUGCAGAUUUCUUUGUAAUGCAGCUAUGG